AUGAUUGCUCCACAUGGAUACAGCCAGCAAGGGCCUCUCCAAAGUUUCCCGCCCGGAUUCCCACCAAUGCCAUAUCCCAAUACACCAAGUCAAUAUUGGGACAUGAAAGACAUGCUUCAACAGCUCUUACGAGGACAGGCCAAUGGCACAAUGGAGAUGAACAACAAACAGUUACCUAACAGAGUUGGUACACCUCAGAUCGCUGUGGACAUCGAUGACGAGGAAAGGGAGGAUUUCGUUGAGUAUUCGGACAUAUCUGCCGCCAACUCGAUCGAGCCGGAAAUCAACACUGAACCAGAGCUCGAUCAAGUUAGUGAACAAGAAGCUCCGCAAGACAAGCCAGAACUCGAUCGAGUCAGUCCACAAGUUGACAAGGCAAGCCCCAAUCAGCCACCAAAACCUGCUGGAAAGAAGAAGGACACUCCAUCAAGACCACCGCCAUACAAACCCCCUCUACCUUUCCCAGGAAGGUUCAAGAAACAAUUGUUGGAAAAGCACAAGGCUAAGUUUGAGGAACUAAUGAAGGAUCUUGAGCUGAAGUUACCUUUCAUCGAUGUUUUGAUGCUCAUCCCACCCUACCAAAAGUUCUUGAAGGAUGCUGUACAACAACGAACUAAGGAGGUACAAGGAAUGGUAGUCUUGAAUCGUGAGUGCAGUGCAAUCAUUCAACGAAAGGUCAUCUCCGACAAAAAAGAAGAUUCGGGGAGUUUUACAUUGCCUUGCAUGAUAGGACCUCUGACCUUCAAGAACAGCCUCUGCGACCUAGGAUCAUCAGUCAGCCUUAUGCCCUUGUCAGUAGCGAAGAGACUCAAUUAUCACAAGUAUCAAGCCUGCGGAAUCUCACUAGUCUUGGCGGAUAGAUCGAUAAGGUUACCAACGGGGAUGCUUGAGGACCUGCCUUUGAGAAUAGGAAAUGUAGAGAUCCCCACUGACUUCAUUGUGCUUAAGAUGGAUGAAGAACCAACAGACCCCUUGAUAUUAAGAAGGCUAUUCCUAGCUACAGCAAGAGCAAUGAUAGAUGUCUGUGAAGGCACAAUUGAGCUGAACCUUGGGAAGGACCUAAAGAUGAAGUUUGACAUCAAGGACACUUUGAGGAAGCCAACAAUAGAAGGACAACUCUUUUACGUCGAAGAAAUGGAUCAGUUGGCGGAUGAGCUUUUGGAGGAGCUAUCUUUGGAAGACCCCCUACAAAUUGCUCUAACCAAGGAUCCAUCCGAAGGAUAUAUGCACUCAGAGACCAAAGAGUAUUCAAAUCUCCUUAACACCUUCAGACCGGUUCCAAACAUUCUGAGCAUUGAAGGAUUAGACAGACCAAGAUGUGAAGUCUUGGCAGUGAGCUCGAUCAAGAACUCAAUCGAGUCGAGCCUCGAACAAAGGAACUUGAUCGAGCUGGGUGUCGAAUGCUAG